UCAACAGCUAUUUAUCUCCACGAAGAAAAAAACACUACUUGUGUACAGGAAGUUGACCGGCUGAAAUACAUUCGAACAAGUUGUAACGUGUCACUUUUAAAUAUUUUUUAAUGACGCGAAACGUUUAACAUAUAGGUAGCGUCAACUAUUGUUUUCUCGUGUUAGUAGCUUGGACGCUGCUUUAAUGGUCCAAAUUGGCUAGCCGAAUGCUAACUGUUCGUUGGCUGCGGUGUGUACAUUUUGCCCCUCUCUGGCGUCAAAGGUUCCAAAUAUUGCCUAAAAAUAUGCCCGCUAAUGUUUGAAAUCUCUGAGUAAGCAGGGGGUAAACGCAGGUAGACGGCAAAUGUCGUAAUAAUGACACUAAACAGCGUUAACACCUGGCUCUUGACCACGUAAUGUUACUUGUGUGAGUUAUUCGGUUAGCCACGUAAACUGUUUCUGAUUGGUGUUAACGCAGCAGCAGCUAACUCGCCUAUCUACAACGUGUGGGACUCCUUAAAUGAAAAGCCUGACAACGAGUUGUGACGCUGUUUAAAUUGAAAGCCCCGAAGGCGAAUACUUUACAAAGCUCGCGGACCGACAUAUCAAGCCAACAUGCUCUAGUCGAACGCAUGCGAGACUCGUUGCACGUCGCGGAGGAUGAAGCGAGUCAUCUGGAUGUUAUCAGGAUCAAACAGAAGAAUGGUUAAGCUACUUUUUGCCCUGGCCUUGGUUGCCUACAUUGCCUCUGUCUGGGCCAAAUACACAACUGUGAGAUCGAUCAAAGAAUACGGGGAGAUGGAGAUUGAGCAGAAGAUUAAUGAGGCUGUGGCUCCACUACGUGACCAGAUUCGUGAUUUGGAGCAGAGUUUUUCUCAAAAAUACCCUCCUGUGAAAUUUCUGUCAGAGAAGGAUCGAAAGAGGAUUCUGAUUACUGGUGGUGCGGGUUUCGUGGGUUCCCACCUGACUGACAAGCUGAUGAUGGAUGGCCACGAGGUGACUGUGGUGGACAACUUUUUCACCGGCAGAAAAAGGAAUGUGGAGCACUGGCUCGGCCAUGAAAACUUUGAGCUCAUCAAUCAUGAUGUGGUGGAGCCACUCUACAUUGAGGUGGAUCAGAUCUACCACUUGGCCUCUCCAGCCUCUCCCCCCAAUUACAUGUACAACCCCAUCAAAACCAUCAAGACCAACACCAUCGGCACUCUCAAUAUGCUCGGUUUGGCCAAACGAGUGGGCGCCAGGCUUCUCUUGGCUUCUACCUCGGAAGUUUACGGAGACCCUGAGGUGCACCCCCAAAAUGAAGAGUAUUGGGGCCACGUAAAUCCCAUCGGUCCUCGAGCAUGCUAUGAUGAAGGGAAACGUGUUGCCGAGACCAUGUGUUACGCCUACAUGAAGCAGGAAGGAGUGGAGGUUCGAGUGGCGAGAAUCUUCAACACGUUCGGCUCCCGAAUGCACAUGAAUGAUGGGCGAGUUGUCAGUAACUUCAUCCUGCAGGCUCUCCAGGGGGAAGCACUCACAGUUUAUGGCACCGGUUCCCAAACAAGAGCCUUCCAGUACGUAAGUGACCUGGUUAACGGCAUGGUGCUGUUGAUGAACAGUAACAUCAGCAGUCCGGUCAAUCUGGGGAACCCAGAGGAGCAUACCAUACUGAAGUUCGCUCAGCUCAUCAAAAGUCUAGUCGUGAGCAGAAGUCAGAUCCAGUUUCUUCCUGAGGCCCAGGAUGACCCACAAAGGCGGAAGCCUGACAUCCGAAAAGCCAAGAUGAUGCUGGCCUGGGAACCAGUGGUGCCCCUGGAGGAGGGCCUGAAGAAAACCAUCCAGUACUUCAGCAGAGAACUGGAGCACCAGGCCAACAACCAGUACAUCCCCAAACCCAAAGCGGCCCGCAUGAAGAAAGGCCGACCCCGACACAUUUAAGCAGGACCUCCUUAAUAUUUUUGACGCGUGUGCAGAGUUGCAUUCUGGGAUAUUUAUUGCGAGAAGACUUUUGAUUGUUGCCUUGAUAAGGUGUUUGCAAAUUGCACUGUGAGGCCUCCCUCGUCUGAGCUUUUUAGGUUGUACAAGCAAAUUACUGUAUUUAAAAUGGCCUACAGCAUCAUCGGUUGUCAUUUGUCUUAUCGUCUUUUUUUUUUGGGUCAAUUUUUAAGAUAUUUAAAACAAGUGACAUUUCUCAAGUGCUUUGUGCUUUUUUCAAAGAUAAGCCAUUCUCUUGUCUCCUGGCGAAGAAAAAAAAUGCUACUGUGACACCGUGCUUCACUUUGGGCAACAUCGCACAUCAGGAUGGAUAUUAUUCUUAUGAGGUGAAGAUAAUUAUUUUCAUAAACGAUUUACAAUAACGCCUCUUGGUACGAGAACAUGUGGCACAACCUUGUUUUUUAAUGUCAGACUUUUUUUUUUUACACAGGCUUAAUGUAAGACCUUUUGCAGGCUGCAUAUUCAUAUUGAAGCAUAAUGAUGUUCAUAAAUACAAUUUAAUGCAAAAUAA